UAAGAUUGUUGGUUGAUUCAGACCUGACUCAGAGUAGAGAUAAAGAUUAAAAUCGGUGGUCUACCAGUGUAACAUAAUUUCUGGCAGAGAUGUGUUAAAAACGGACAUUUAUUUUACGACCACAUUUGCCAUAGAAUAAGAGUAUGCUGAUUUGAAGUUAUUUUGUAGGCAGAUAUUGAAUUGAAGAGUCGGAUAUCAUUGAAUUGAAGAGUGGGAUAUCAUUGAAUAGAAGAGUGGGACAUCAUUGAAUAGAAGAGUGGGACAUCAUUGAAUAGAAGAGUCGGACAUCAUUGAAUAGAAGAGUCGGAUAUCAUUGAAUAGAAGAGUCGGAUAUCAUUGAAUAGAAGAGUCAUGACUUCGACGCUAAGUCAACAUCAACAAGCGACGCGUCGGUUUAGCAUUAAAGGUUUGUUGAACAUUUGAUAUUCUACUAAGUUCUACGUUUUUCCCCCUUUCUCUGUACCGUACCUUUUACUUUUUGUUUUAGUUAGUGUAGGAUAAAAUGUCUACAAACUGCUCCUCGUGGUUCAUUCCGGCGAGCAGGAAUCGACCAUUUCGGUGCCACCCUUAUGUUGGCACAUGGGGUGGCUGCCCCCUUCGCGUCCUGUGCGUGGUUACAAAGCCAAAGUGAACGCGUUGCAUGUUUUUAAAUCUGCAAAAACAUAUUACAAAAAUGGGUAUAAGUGUUUGACAAAGAUUUUUUUUUUAAGAGAACGUUUGAUAUAAUAUGAGGUCCAUCGCAUUUAUUAUGCGAGCAAAUCCUUUUUAGGUGAUUAAUAAUGAACACGUUAUAAUCAAAAGUUUGGUGUCUUAAUGUGUUAGGGUUAGACUCGUUCCUAAACUCCGAUGGCACGGAUUGGAGGAUUGUUGUAAGACACACUUUUGGGCUAAUGUAUGACCUCAAUACUUACAGAUGAAGACCCCUUCGAGGAGAUAAACCGUAUGUUGGAGCAGACAAGGCCAACGGAGAUAUGGCAAGAUCAUCUGCUGAAUAUGUUGAGGUCAUGUUUCACUCAAGUGGACAUGAGACGUACGUUGGCAUUCCUAGAACACGUGGUGAGUUCUUUCUUAGAAGUGCUCGGGGAGAUGCUGUGAUCUACUGUACAUCUCUGUGUGUGAGUGUAUGGAACACAUGUGCAUCUGUGUGUGUGAGUGUAUGGAACACAUGUGCAUCUGUGUGUGUGAGUGUAUGGAACACAUGUGCAUCUGUGUGUGUGAGUGUAUGGAACACAUGUGCAUCUGUGUGUGUGUGUUUAUCUGAGUCUUUGGAACAUACAUGCAUCUGUAUGUGUGUGUGUGUGUGUUUUUUUUUGAACGUGUAUCGAACACACGACAUGUAAGCCUAUAGUUUACAUAAAAGCUAAGUCAUAUUUAAGAACACACAUAUGCAUCUGUGUGUGUGAGUGUAUGGAACACAUGCGCAUCUGCGUGUGUGAAAUUGUGUGAGUGUAUGGAACACAUGCACCUGUGGUUGUGUGUGUGUUAGUGUGAGUGUAUGGAAAACACAUGCAUCUUUUUGUGUGAGUGUAUAGAAAACACAUGUAUCCGUAUGUGUGCGUGUGUUUGUAUAUGGAACAAAUAUAAAUCUGUGUGCGUGUGUUUAUCUGAGUCUUUGGAACACACAUGCAUCUGUAUGUGUGUGUGUGUGUUUUUUUUUUGAACGUGUAUCGAACACACAUGUAAGCCUAUAGUUUACAUAAAAGCUAAGUCAUAUUUAAGAACACACAUAUAAGGAUUACAGCUAGCGUAAAUAAAAUUAAUUAAACUAGGCUAUUAUGUAAAUGUUUAAUAUUAAAACCGAGGGUACGAUUAAGGAAUAACUUCCUCUAUUCGAUAUAUUUCUUUUUAUUCCCACUGUUAUGAUAACAGAGGACUUUUUAUUUAAAUCCUGUUAUAGUUAUUAGGGGUCGUCCAUUAAUUACGUCAACAAAAUGGGGUGUGGGGGGGUGGAAAUGUUUAACAAUUGUUGACAAGGGGGAGAGGAUUCGAUUAGUUGACGACAACAAUCAUUUUUCUCUAUUAAAAUGUUUAUCUUAAAAAUUGACUGCUUAUUACAUUAACAAUUUUUUUUUUGUAAAUUAAAAUAAUGAUAUAAUUAAUUUUUUUUUUUAGUAAUAUAAAAUGUUAACUUGUUGAUUAACAAGCUAAAGAUGCCAUAAAAUGUUAACUUGUUGAUUAACAAGCUAAAGAUGCAAUAACAUGUUUUCCCUACAAUUUUAUGUUAUAAAUAUAGAUCAGCACAAAGCAAAAUGUAGUUAUAUUUUUUUAUUUGUAUUAUAAUUCAUUUUUUAAAGUAGGGUGGGGUUUGACAUGUUGACAUAAUUACUUGGGGGGGGGGGGGUCAUUGAAAGUUUGACAGUUUUUGGCCGGGGGGGGGGGGGUUCGGGGUUCAAAAAUUGCUUAAAAUUGUUGAAGGGGGGGGGGGGGGUCUUGGGGGGUGUGGAGGGGGUGGGGGGGGGGGGGGGGGGUUCGGGGUUCAAAAAUUGCUUAAAAUUGUUGACGUAAUUAAUGGACGGCCUUGUCCGCCUGUUCAACAUUCUUUGACACAGGGGAACUUUAUGGCAUCUAAUGUUUCCAUUUGCCAAAUUAAUGGAAGAAGGCUAUGAUGAUAACCUGUCAUUAGGCUUUCGAUAAUACAAUUUUCAAAUGGACUAUAAAUAACAUCUGCAGAGGGGAGAGGGGGGGGGUUAAAUAGUAUUAAUAUGUCUGCUAUGAGUUUACUAAAUACUAGAUGAAAUAAUCUUUUAUCCUGAAUAGACCUACAAUUCUCGUGGCGAUGAAUGGAUAAAAAAUGGGUGGUGCUGAAUCACAAACGUUUUUAAUUUAGUAGUUAGAAUAUUUUUCAUCAAAAUAACUUUUCAGAGUGAUGUUGACUAACGUCUUUUUCUCUUUAAUUGCAGAUUUCUCAGGGGAAAGAUGCCUUAUUCAACGGCAAGUAUGAAUUAACAUUCGACCACCAACGAGCGCCCGAAUUACUUGAUUUAGGUAGUUGGAAGAGUCUACUUAUAGCACUAGGUAAAACAGCCAUAUUUCUUGAGCAUGUUCUAAUAGUAGUAAUGGAGAAUCUGUAGCCUUCAGGUUGAAAUUUUAUAGACUGACAUAAAAUUUAAUAACUGGAAGUUUAUUUAUCGAUUUAAACCCAAGGCUUAGUUGUUUUAAAAUAAUAGUCGCCUAGUUAAGACGACGCAAAGUAAGCCGCCAUAAAAUUGUAUUAAUUGAUUAUAAUCUUGUUAAUUUAACACUUAAUGCACCCCCCCCCCCAAAAAAAAAAAAAAAAAAAAAACAAAAAAAAAAACACACAAAAAAAAAAAAAAAUUUUAAAAAAAUAGUCGCCUAGUUAAGACGACGCAAAAUAAACCCCCAAAAAAUUGUAUUAAUUGAUUAUAAUCUUGUUAAUUUAACACUUAAAGCCCCCCCCCCCCCAAAAAAAAAACAAAAAAAAAAACCAAAAACAACACACUUUAAAAACAUAUAAAACACCCCCACCCCCACACUACGAGGGAGUGACACGUUAUAACUACGAUAUUUCAUACACUGCUUUUGCUUUCAUUUUCAUCCUGCAAAUAGUGCUGAUAAAAUUUUUGGAUUAACCCCCCCCCCCUUCCGGUGUUAAGUUAUAACAUUGUUAUCAUACGCUGAUGAUACUUUCAUCCAGCAACCGUAAAGCUGAUCAAAUACCGGUACUCACAAUAACUCAAUUUUACUCUGUAGGUUUUGAAACUGAAGAGCCCGAUGGCCGGCACUCUAUUGAACACAUCUACAUCGGUCUUGGUCAAGGAGUCAUGUUACAUGCGCUCAAUGGCAUGCUGCUGCUCUUAUCUUUAUUUCAAGGUAAAUGGCAAAGAUGCUAUCAGUAUCAUUCAUCCCUGUGGAAAAUGCUGAUAAGCAGUAAUAUAACUUCAGAAAUGGAUCUUUCAAAAUGUUGGCUCCAUCAGUCUAUGCCACUAAUAUUGAACAUAUUUGAUUUUAUGUGUUAAUGGAACUAAUUUCUAGAUUUCAUUACAACUUGUUAACCAAAAUAGUACCGGUAAUAACUAUGUUUACAAUUCUUUAUUUUAUUCUAUUCCUCCGGAUUUUAUGUUCAAGUUAAAGACAAUAUUUAUAUUCUAUAGAAAGAAUAUCAUAGUGGUCUGUGACUGUGAUAUUAACGAUAUUCAUUGGGUUAUUAAAAAAAAAAAUUAUUAAAGAGAUGAACAUCGCCGAUAAAAGCGCUACACUUCUCUCACAUUAGAUCUGGACUUGGAAUUACAACGCUUGGUGCUGCAUCUCUUACAGGACCAGGCAAGGCUUUUCUUUAGUUUGGUAAAUAUUCACAACACUUUCUUAAUAAGUUAGGUUUUACAAUAUAUCUUGUCAUUAUUUCAAUGUUCCAUUAUUAUUAUUAUUUACCGAUAUUUUUUAAAAAUAAUGUAGUUUGAGACCAAACAGUACUAACACCAUUAAUUUUAUUUUAUGCUACUGCUAUUAAGUAAUUGAAGUGACACAUUUCAUUAUCAUAUUUAGUUACUGGUAUCACUAUCUCUGGUAUUGAAAUUUUAAGAUCCACUUAUAUGGGAUUUGAUUUCAAUUUAUUUUCUAUUCUCAUACUAUUGUUUGAAAGGUACAAGAUUCAGAUAAAGAAAUAGAUCAGAGAGUUGUCAGAGAGCUAGCCAAUGUAUUUCCGGAUGAGAUAAAAUUGCUAGGAUUCCAUAAAAAUGGCAGAACUUACAUGAAGAAGGCGUCACAUAACUUAUCUAAAAUUCACAGAAAGCUGGCCGUUGUGCUAUUUGCUCUAUUUCCUAUUGGGCCUCAGCUUAUAGAGACAUUCAUUUAGACUUCAGUAUGUAUGAGUCAAAUAUGAAUGUAAGUUACCCAACAAAAUAAAACAUGUGCUACUGUUAUUUAUUAUGGUGAGCUUAAUAUAACCGUUAAGCCAGUAUGCUUCAUGGGUUAAGAUUGCACCUAAGCAACUUUGAUAACAGACAAGAUUUUGAGAAAAAAACUUGUCACUAAACAAGACACCACGGUGUACAUGUUUGGCAAUUCAUCUUAUUUUAAUUUCUUUAAAAAAUAUU